AUGUUAUCUGCGUGGCUGGUGCUUCUGAGCAGUUGCUUUAUUUGGCAAACAACGGAUACUCAGUUGGUGUAUAAGCUUAACAAAAUGGAGUGCCAGGUAAAUCAGACUCGGGUGACAAACGUUUCUUGCCAUGUGAAGGCAAUUAAUUGGAAUAUGGCGGUGGUAAACAUGGAUUGCUUCAUGAUUAUGCCCUUGAUAAACCCAAUCAUUCGAGUGCAAGUUUUUAUGAAGGACUACAGUAAUCAGUACAAGCCAUUUUUAGUUGACGUCUCUAUCAAAAUGUGCGAGGUGAUAGAGAGAAGGAACUUUAUACCUUAUGGCGUCAUUAUCUGGAAGCUGUUCAAGCGUUUCACAAAUGUUAACCACUCUUGCCCUUUUUCGGUAUUUCUGCACUUUCUGCUUGUGCUUCAGUAAAUGCCAUUAGUUUUCCAACUGCAGGGUCAGCUAACCGCCCGUGACGGGUAUCUGGAAACCAGUCUUCUUCCGCCAUUUCCCCAAGGAUUCUAUUUAAUAAGCUUAGUAGUCACGGAUACCAAUUCAACGACAAGGGAUUAUGUGGGCACUAUGAAGUUCUUUCUUCAAGCUAUGGAUCAGAUAAAGACCAAAAAACUACCCAGAACAUAAUUCCAAAGUCUUACGGAUCCUGCG